UUUUCCGGUGGGGAUCAUGGCGGGCGUAGAAGGAAAGAAGGUGCCAUCUGUUCCAGAAAGCCUUUUAAAAAAGCGAAAGGCUUUUGCUGAUAUAAAGGCCAAGCGUCUGAAGAGGCUAGUGGUUCAAAAGAAGCUUCGUAAAGCUCAAAGAAAACUCAUCUAUGCAAGAGCUCAGGCCUAUCACAAGGAGUACAGGCAAAUGUAUAGACGUGAGAUUCGUAUGGCCCGAAUGGCACGCAAAGCUGGCAAUUACUAUGUACCUGCUGAACCAAAAUUGGCCUUCGUGAUCAGGAUCAGAGGUAUCAAUGGAGUUAGCCCGAAGGUCCGUAAGGUAUUGCAGCUCCUUCGCCUGCGUCAGAUUUUCAAUGGCACAUUUGUAAAACUCAACAAGGCUUCAAUUAACAUGCAGAGGACACUCAGCAACUUGGACUAA